AUGGAUGGCUUACUACGCACACUAACACGCUCCCGCAACACCGCGCCGUCCCCGAAUCGCGGCAGCCGCAAUCGCAACCGACACAGCGGCGGGGUGGGAGGCGGAGGCGGAAGCGGCAACAACCACGGCCAAAUCGAAAUCAUUCUAGAGACCCUUGCCCGGGGACUCGUCGAAUAUGCAGUACAAAAAUACAUGAAGAAGCUGAGCGGCGGCGGCGACGAAGACAAGAAUGGAGGAGGGCACAGGAACGACAGGCGCCUUAGCACACGCGGAGGCAAUACCCAUGGCCACGGCGACGACGACGAGCGCGCUAGAGGCGGCGUUCCAAACAUGGACAUGGAGAUGCUGGAGCACCUGGGCAAGAAUAUCCUCUCCAAAGCUAUGGAGCGCUUCGGUGGUGGUGGAGGGGAGGAGGAUGAAGAUGAAGACGUGAGACGGAGACAUGGCAAGGGACGAAGAGGCAGCCGAGACCGCAAUUCCUACUCUCGUGGACAUUCGCAAGAUCGCUCCCAUGGGAGAAGACACGGCGGCGGCGGCGGUGGCAAAGAUGAAGACCGUGACCGUGACCGGAGAAGACGCCACAGCCGCGACGACGGGUACCCUUCACACAGACCCGGCUCGCCCUCCUCGCCGUCAAGACACCAUCGCGGCGAUGAAGAUACCCACCGCCGCCGCCGACGCGGAUACGGAACCGACUACGCGCCGCUCAAGGAGGAGAUGGAGACGCUGUCCAACACGCUCAUCUCUUUGAACGAGCGGCAGCCCGGACACGCCGACUGCGAGUUUUACGAUGCGUUUAUGGAGCGCUCUGGCAAGGUGCAGGAGGCGAUUGGGUCUGUUUUGGUGCAGAUUCGGGAAAGGGAGGAGAGGAGGGAAGAGAGGCGUGGGCGCCGGAGGGGUUGA